AUGUUAGAAUCGAUCAUCAUUGCUCGCAAUACAUAUUUAGACAAAGAAAAUGGUUUGGACUUUGGAUAUUUAUAUACAUGUUCAAAAGAUGAUAUUACUUUUACACAUCCAUUUACUAUUCAAGCACUUAAAUCUGGUUCUAUAUCAGGUUUUGUUUGUCAUUUUGAUGUGAAUUUUGCUAAGAAUCUUAUUGAAAAGAUGCAUUUUUCUACAUCACCUCGAUCACCAAAUACUCAUUGGAAGCAAACCGUAUUUUUUUUACCUCGAUUAUAUAAUGUUCAAGAAGGUUCUCAUCAAACACUUCUUUCUUGUGUUCCAACACCCACGUUAUUUUUAACAACACAAAAAAUUUUAAUUAAUAUCGUUCGACUUAUGAAAUAUAUUCUUGAACAAUUAAACAAAACAUCAUGUUUACCAAUAUCAACAGAAAAAGAUUAUCUAAAAUUUAUUCAUGAUAAUAUUCCAGAAUUAAGACAUGUUUUAGAUAAUCGUCGUAUAUAUAUUGAUAAAAUGUCUAGUACAAACAAUGAUCAGUUAUUUCCAAUAUGUAUUUUUCAAGAAUAUUUAUUAAAUGGAAUUAAUUUUCUAUAUUAUAUUAACAAGAUUGAUGGCAUAUAUAGUACUACGAGAAAAAUUGUAGUAGAAAAAUGUGAAUAA